AUGGGCCGACUGCGACGCCGCAUUUGGCGCACCGGCAGAGCUGUGUGUGCACGCCGCGAAACACGCCGGCGACGCGCAGCGGUGCCGCUGGAACCUGUGCGGCCGGCCGUGCGACUCGCCCUCUGCGCUGCUGGCCCACCUCGUGCUCCACUGCAAGACGCCGUUCGCGUGUCUGCGCUGCAGCAGCGAGUUCGCCGCCGUCGACGAGCUGUACGAGCACGAACGGCAUCACAAACAGCCUGUCGCGGCCGACCCGCUCAGAUCCGACCUUGUGUCGUACAAAACCGCAUCGCCGCCUCGUUUGCGCGGCCAGUGUCCCAAGCUGGAGCGCAAGAUCGCCCAGUCGCACCAGCAGCUCGUGCAGACGUACGCGGCCAAGCCGCAGGUCGACACGGCCGCGCUGCCGGCAGCAGCGCUCGAGCAGUACGCCGCGCAGCUUGA